AUGGUGGAAAAUAACACAAUGAGGGGCAAAUACUUUAUACAGGGUUACUUGUUGGUCAAAGUUAUGGCGCUGUUCUGCAAGGCGGACGGAGAACCAGGACAACUGGAGGGCUUUGUCAUGAUGACGACGUGCAACGGAUCCAGGGAGGACGAGGGUGCAAGCUUCUCGGAGCCCCCGCACACGGAGGACAGGUGCCGGGGGUAUUACGAUGUGAUGGGCCAGUGGGACCCGCCGUUCGUUUGUAAAACGGGCGAUUAUCUGUACUGCUGCGGCACCUGUGGCUUUCGGUUCUGCUGCUCCUACAAGACCUCGCGGUUGGAUCAGAGCACCUGUAAAAACUACGACACUCCGGUGUGGAUGAUGACAGGUCAAACCCCGUUUAAGAAAAACGACCUUCGGCACGACCCCACCAAAGAUAAAACUAAUUUAAUCGUGUAUAUCAUCUGUGGAGUAGUGGCUAUCAUGGCACUUGUUGGGAUAUUCACCAAACUCGGCCUGGAAAAGGCGCACCGACCCCAGAGAGAAAAUAUGACUAGGGCUGUCCAGAGUGUGUUACAGGUCGAUUGUCCAGGUGAGCAGUUCCAGGGGGAGGACACCCUCGCCAUGCACGCACAGAACUAUGACACAAGGGUCAACAACCUCCAAGGAGGUCAGAUUAACAACAAUGUGGGUCCAGGUCCCACCAUGGGCCAGCCACACCCCUACCCUGCUCUGAGCCAGCAACGACCUGGGAAGGAACUCAACAAGUACGCCUCUCUCAAGCUCGUAGCGGCCAAGUCCAACAGUGACUUCUACAACAAACCGCGUCUGAUGAUGGAGCUGCCGUCCAAAGGAGGCCUCCCCCUCCAACACAUGAACUCUAUGCGAGCUCUGAACCCCAUGACCAACAACGCUAUGUCCCACAACCUAAUGAAUAACCCCACCAUGACCCACAAUCCAAUGAACAACCCCAUGGCCCACAACAACCCCAUGAACUACAAUAACCCCAUGGCCCACAACAACCCCAUGGCCUACAACAACCCCAUGGCCCACAACAACCCCAUGCCCCACAACAACCCCAUGGCCCAUAACAACCCCAUGGCCCACAUCAACCCCAUGCCCCACAUCAACCCCAAACCCCACAUCAACCCCAUGCCCCACAUCAACCCCAUGCCCCACAUCAACCCUAUGGUCCACAACAACCCUAUGGCCCACAUCAACCCCAAGCCCCACAUCAACCCCAUGCCCCACAUCAACCCCAUGCCCCACAUCAACCCUAUGGUCCACAACAACCCUAUGGCCCACAACAACCCCAUGCCCCACAACAGCUCCAUGCCCCACAACAACCCCAUGCCCCACAACAACUCCAUGCCCCACACCAAACCCAUGUCCCACAACAAAACUAUGUCCCACAUCAAGCCAAUGUCCCACAUCAAGCCCAUGGCCCACAACAACCCCAUGGCCCACAACAACCCCAUGGCCCACAACAACCCCAUGACCCACAACAACUCCAUGGCCCACAACAACCCCAUGACCCACAACAACUCCAUGGCCCACAACAACCCCAUGACCCACAACAACUCCAUGGCCCACAACAACCCCAUGGCGCACAACAACCCUUUGAGUCCCAUCAGCACCCUGGGUUCCCUGGGCCCCAAGCCAGUGGCCACCUACAUCACAGAGAUGCCCAGCAGUUUGCCCAUCCUAUCCAGCACCUACCAGGGCUCCACCAUCCUGACCGCACUCAAGCAGAACGGACAGAAGCCCCAAAGACUCAGCAACAGUGGUGACAGGCUCAGUAAUAAAGGUCCAGGAGCCAUGACCAUGUCCAGCAUGACUAGAACAGGGACUUUCCCGGGGCCUCACCACCACACCGGGACGGUUCCUGGUCCUCACCACCAACACCACCAAUAUCAGCAGCAACAACACCACUCACUGGCCUACAGCUCCCACACCAUCGCAGCCCCUAGGGGGAUGGGGGGAGGAAUGGGGCCGAAGGGCUGGGACGGGACUGAAACGAUGGGUAGGAGGAAGGGUUACGGCUCCAAGAGGCCCCAGUGCACGGUGGAGCAGACCAACGAGCUGCACAGUCAGUCCCGCUCCCAGAGCCACAGUCAGCACUUCCUGCCCACUCAGCCUUACUUUGUGACCAACAGUAAGACGGAGGUGACUGUGUGAGAGAGUGGGAGAGGGGGACGAUAGUCUCCAAAGCAGAGUCACCUAUUAGGCAGAGCGGGAGAGGACAGAGAUGGUGGUGUGUAAGGCCCUGGUUGUGGUGUGUCCUGGUAGUGGGGGCCAGAACAGAGCACCCUGGUGGUGUGGCAGUGUGGUUGCAUUUGUCGUCCAGUAUGAGUGGAUACC